AUGGCUGAUCACUUGGCACUCUACUCUAAUCGCCUCAUCACACCCCCUACUUUGGAUCUGAUGCACAAAGAAGAGGAGAAAAGACUAGACGGAGAAGGCUCCUCCCAACAGACAGCUGAGCUCAACUCUAACCGGGCAAUAGACGGAUACAGCUUCUCUGACGAAGAAGAUGGGUUCAGCAUAAAAGCUGAAUGUCGCAUUUGUCAGGAAGACGAUCUCGUCCAAAACAUGGAGGCCCCUUGUGCUUGUAAUGGAAGCUUAAAGUAUGCCCACAGAAAAUGCAUCCAGAGGUGGUGCAAUGAAAAGAAAAGCAUCGUCUGUGAAAUAUGCCAACAGAUGUAUCAACCUUCUUACACCUGCCCGCCACUCCCAACUCCACCUACUCGUCUCCGAAAUCAUGCAGCCAUUAAUGUCAGUGAUGAAGAAAGCGAUGAUCAUUUAAUUGAUCAGAGAGGUGACACAGGCAUUAAUGUACUGGAGCCGGAUUGUGCUGCUACAACUGCCCGCAUGACUUCUCUAUGCCAGACGCUACUCCUGAUUGUAAGUCCUUAUAUAAUCAUAUACAUUAAAUUUUACAAUGAAAAUGCAUUUUGGGACAACUUGUUCAUGUUUCUAUGUUGGAAUAAUCUCUAG